AUGGAGUCUGACAACGGGACCAACCAAACUUUUCCCAACGUGACCACUUACAGCCUCCAGGUAGCCCUGCCUCUCACGGUGCUGGUGGGGAUCAUGAUCCUGUUCAUAGUGUUUGGGAAUGUGCUGGUGGUCAUAGCGGUCUGCACCAGCCGGGCCCUGCGGGCUCCGCAGAACCUGUUCUUAGUGUCCCUGGCGUCGGCGGACAUUUUGGUGGCGACGCUGGUGAUGCCCUUCUCCUUGGCCAACGAGCUCAUGGGAUACUGGGUAUUCGGGGAGGUGUGGUGCGACAUCUAUCUGGCCCUGGACGUCCUCUUCUGCACCGCCUCCAUCGCCCACCUGUGCGCCAUCAGCCUGGACCGCUACUGGUCCAUCACGCAGGCCAUCGAGUACAACCUCAAGAGGACGCCGCGCCGCAUCAAGUGCAUCAUCUUCAUCGUGUGGGUCAUCGCCGCCGUGAUCUCUUUCCCGCCUCUGAUCACCAUGGAGAAGGAGAACAGCGAGAAAAUCCCCGUGUGCAACGUCAACGAUGUCAAGUGGUACGUCAUCUCCUCUUGCAUCGGCUCCUUCUUCCUGCCCUGCAUCAUCAUGGUGCUGGUCUACGUGCGGAUCUACCAGAUCGCCAAAAAGCGGACGCGGGCGCCCCCGGGGGACCGGAAGCGGGCGGAUCUCUCCAAACCGGCGGCCCUCGCUUCCGCCAACCCGAAGGAGAACGGCGAGGCGGUGGACCGCCUCUGCCACGAGAAGCUGAACGGGGAGAGGGACAUCGAGCUGAAGGAGGCAGCGAGGGGGGAAGAGGGAGCCCACCAGGAGAAGGGCGACGUCAACGGGCUGGACCUGGAGGAGUCGUCCUCGUCCGACCACAAAAUGAACAGUCCGUGCCCCAUCAAAAAGAAAUCCGGCAAGGGGAAAAAAAAACUCAGCCAGGUCAAGCCGGACGAUGCCCACAUUCACAAGGAGGCUCAGAGCAACAAGGGCAGCCGCUGGAAGGGCCGGCAGAACCGGGAGAAGCGCUUCACUUUCGUCCUGGCCGUGGUCAUCGGAGUGUUCGUCAUCUGCUGGUUUCCCUUUUUCUUCACGUACAUGCUGAGGACAUUGUGCGACGACCACUGCGGAGUGCCCGACACCCUGUUUAAGUUCUUCUUCUGGUUCGGCUACUGCAACAGCGCCCUGAACCCCAUCAUUUACACCAUCUUCAACAAUGACUUCAGGAGGUCCUUCAAAAAGAUUCUGUGCAGAAGAGACACCAGAAGAUACAUAUGA